CUGAAAUUCAAAUACUACUGAAAUUCAAAUACUACUGAAAUUCAAAUACUACUGAAAUAGUAAUGCUCUUUAGAUUGAGACUCUUUAGAUUUAGCAAACGCACCCGUAAUACAAGACCAAUUCCACAGGUUAGCAUUUAGGUAUGGAUGACAGAAAUAAUAAUACCGCCUCAAUAGGCCUACCAAACAAUAGUCGCAUCCCUCCCGAAGGCGUGCCUCAACCUCAACGUCCGCAAAGUCAAAGUCUUGGUCACACUGCCACUGCUCUUAGCAAGACACAUCACGAUGGCGGUCGUGUUCAAACAGAUGAUGCGCCAGAAAUGGCUGCAACUCAUCAUGAGAUAUCAGAAAUUCAGCAAGAAGAUUGCAAAGUUGAACCUCACAGCGAAAGACCUUCUCAAACCCCAGAGAUGCUACAGUUAAUUCAGCAAAAUAUGGCAGGUAAUUCCGAUAACCAGCAAGAUCCAACUAGCCAUUCCCCUCCUAUUAGCCGAAGUCCUAGACGUCGUGGACGACCUCGCUUACAUACAUCACGACCUCGCUUACAUACAUCGCUACCUCGCCGCCGCGGACGACCUCGUCUAUAUGAUUGGCCUUCUCCUCCUAACUCGCCCUCUCAGCUGCCACGCGGUCGUCCCCCUGGUCGCUCUCGUGGUCGCCUCCGUGGUCCCGGUCGUGGUUCCAGUCGUGGCUCCGAUCAUAGCCGCCCUCGUGGUCGUCCUCGUGGUCGUCCUCGUAUGUCAAUACAACUACCAGCGUUGCCCCGUCCGCUCAAGCCGCGGACGGAGGAAAGAGGAUGAAAAGGGGGGGCAUCAUGCGCAAAAAAUUGUGGCAGUACUAAUUGAAUAUAUAAGACUUGAUAGGCUUCAUAUUUUCUUACAAAUGAGUUUUAGGUUUUUUCUCCCGAACAGUUACAUUCUCUAUCAC